AAGGAUUUCUUCAACUGGAGCUCUUUUGGGUGGGCAUUCCGGAGCAAAGACGGGGAAGAGGUGGAGGCGAAAUCCGAGAGAGAGGAGCAGGAGCAGCAAUGAUCCACGUCGACGUUCACUGUCUCACCCAGCCGGUGAGCAUCGCCCGUUUGGCGGCCAUCGUCCUCACGUGUACGUGCUUCAGCCUGGUGGCAUCGGUGCAGUACAUCCCCUCUUCGUACUGGGCAUGGUGCAUGUUCACCUGGUGCUUCUGCUUCCUUUUCACCCUCUCAAUCGUCAUCCUGGAGGUCAGCACCUUGAGCAGCAAGAUGCCUUUCGCCUGGGACGACUUCACAACCGCCUUCGCCUUGCUGGCAAGCCUCAUGUGCCUGACGGCCUGCGCCAUCUACCCGACAUUUUUCGCCUGCAAUAUCUGCUACCGGCAGAUCGGCGCUUCUGUGGUGGCCGUCGUGUGUAGCGCGGUGUACGUUCUCGAGGUGAGCCUCACGCGGCGUCGGCCGAGCGGGCAGGUCCGUGGUUUCCUCGCCACCUGGCCCGGCAUCAUGAAGAUGCUGGAAGCUUUCUUCGCCUGUCUCAUCUUCACAUCUCUCGAGAAAAGUCAGUACAGCAGCACCCCCGAACUGCAGUGGUGUGUGGCCGUGUACUCUUUGUGCUUCAUCUUAGCCUUGGUGAUCAUCCUGCUCACGGUGGGUCAGGUGACCACUCUGCUCCCCUUCUUUGACAAGAUAGUGAUCGCCUACAACAUUUUAGCGGCGGUCUCGUACAUAACAGCCACGGUUAUCUGGCCACUUUAUAAUUUCCGGAACAAUCCGAGACCGCCACAAUGCGGCUACUUGUGUUCGUGGGAUAAAUUGGGGAUGGUCACUUUCAUGACACUUCUCAACUUGUGCGUUUACAGCGUGGACUCCGUCUACUCUAUAUGGCUCGUGUUUUGUCUCACCAGCGAGUGAAGCCGUCAUUAAAAACUGAAAAUGGGUGUUCUGUGUUUGACUCGUGUGCACACAACUUUUAUUUAAAUCAGGUUUUACAUCAUUCUCGGGUUGUAAUCACGUGAUAAAAAUGUGCCCUCAAUCGAAUUGCCGCCAUUUCUACAGACAAGCUGGGCGUUGCAGACGACAUCACCACGGCAACGUCCACAGAAACCAUGUGUAAGCGGCGAGCGGCAGACGUUUUCUGCCUACUUUAAUUGACUCAAUGAUGUCGCCAAAGCUAGAUAUGCACAGAAGAUCAAACUCUGUGAAGAUAUCGAUCCGUAUACUCUCCACGACGACGUACUUUCACAGAAUCUAAAAGACUUCCUCGAAACGACCUAGAAUUACAGACGUCCUUUUGCACCGUUUCCACGAUUUCCACAUCCGUAGAUGCGACAAAAAUCUGGCACGAUGAUUUACUCGAGUCGGAGCAACGAUCACGAUGGACAGCUGACUCCUUGUCUGCGACAAUGGCGGUCGAGUACCCGGAUGAUCAAGUGUGACGUCUCGUUUUUUUUUUUUUCCCCAUUCCCCGUGGAUUGAUUUGAGUUGCCGUUGUCGGAUACUUUGCAUGUUAAUGUGUGUUCAAAGAGCUGGAGUAGAAUUAAUGAUUAAAACUGUAUUACAGUUGUCAGCUGAGAAAUAUACACCUCAGAGAACUUUGGAUCCAUUCAUCUUACGCUUUUCACAUCACUUUACUGCCAUUAUUAACCACUUCAUUACGAUUAUGCGUGUGACGUUUUUUCCUCUACAAUCUAAAUUCCUCUAAAAUCUACAAUUUUCCCUUUCUGGUUUCAAGAACGCGGAACAGAAGCUAUGUACUGUACAGUGCGCAACAUAAAUACAUCCCAACACGCUAACAGAUUUAAGAAAGUGUAUGUAACUGUGUAUUUUUUAUUUUCCUUUUUUUAUUUUAGUAUUAUGUUUAUUUUAUUUUUCUGUGUUUUUGUUUCUUCAUUUUCUGUUUAUUCUAUUUUCUAUUCUGUUUUGUCAUGUUUUAAGUGUUGCUUAGUUAUGUUAAAAUAGAAAGUUUCUUUGUAACUUUCUUUUCCGUAAGGGGGAGAGUGUUAUGUGUGUGUAUUUUUAUUUUUUUUUUUUUAUUUUCCUCUCAUUCUUUUAUGUUAUCAUGAUGCGGUUCUUUUGUGAUGUGGAAUUGUGGAAUGUUCUGAGGUGCGCCCAUAUAAGAAAACUGAGAAGGACCGCCAGCAGAGCUUCUUACCACCACUCGUAGACAAGUACUAUUUAUAGCUCGGCUUAACUACUCGGUCUUUGAACUUCUAUUCUGUGUUUUAUUAUUUUUGUGUUGUGUGUGUGUGAUUAAAUUGUGUGAAACGCAAUACAACUGCUUUGUCAUAUUUUGCUGAUUUGAGCUUGGGGAUUUUAGUCUAAAUUCACACGUAAGAAAAGCCUUUCAGUAACCUUUACAGGAUUUGUCAACGCGCAGGUACAAAAACGGAAUUUACACAACUAACUCAUUUGCCAGAUUUAGCAAUGUUGAAAUAAAUUUAAACACGACUGAAAG